AUGUCCAAGUCACUUCUAAAAUCAGUCGACGAAAUACUGCCUGCUAUUCACCACGCUCUUUCUGGCUCGGCGGGCACCUUGAUCUCAACAUGCGCAGCCUAUCCGUUAUCUCUAGUAGUAAUCCGUCUACAAGUACAGCGACAACUAGCACGUGCCGGUCGUCUCGCCGCAGCAGACGAAUACGCCGGCAUCGUCGACGCCUUUUUUCGGAUCUUGCGGGAUGGCGAGCAGAGUGCAGGCGUUGUGGGCAGAGUCCGGAGCAUCGCAGCGCUCUAUACUGGCCUGACGACGGAGUCGGCCAAAUCUGUCUUGGACUCUUUUCUAUUCUUUUUGUUCUAUGAGCUCUUCCGGUCCCGGGCUCCCUGGAGCCGUGCUGGCUCACAUCCUGCCGGCGCGGCUUACCACAAUGGUGACCGGGCUGUGCGGGUAUUCCGCGAAUUGGCCACGGGCGUCCUCGCCGGCGCUUGCUCGAGGGCCCUGACUACACCCAUCGCCAACGUUGUCACGAGGAAACAGACUGGGGCCAUGGUGGAGGGAGGGGCUGUUGACGCGAGGCGGUUGAGUGUACGAGAGAUCAUGCGAGGCAUCUUGGACGAAAGGGGGGUCAAGGGGCUCUGGUCUGGGUAUUCGGCCACACUAGUCUUGACUCUGAACCCCGGCAUCACCUUUUUCCUGCAAGACUUUCUCACGAAACAGAUUGUGGGAGACGACGGCAGCGGGGAGGAUCCGGGUGCGGCUUUGACGUUUCUACUGGCAGCCUCGAGCAAGGCAAUAGCGAGCACAAUCACGUACCCCUUCCAAACAGCGAAAGCCCGUCUCCAGGCCGGCGUACCCGUGGAUUCAAAUUCAGAAUCUGCAUCACCGGGAGAGAGUGAAAAGCAACAAGCCAAAGAGUCUUCUUCUUCUCCUCCCAGGGAAAGCCCGCAAGCAUCUGGCAAUGUCAAGUCCGCAGACGACGCAACGCUUGACCCCGGCCGCGCCCUACACAAAUUUGCCCAACAGAGCGUCUUUGGUACCAUAGCGAAAAUUUCACGCACUGAAGGUGUCGGGGCGCUCUACGAUGGCGUUCACGGAGAGCUGCUCAAGGGUUUCUUUAGCCAUGGCACAACCAUGCUCGCAAAAAGCCUUAUUCAUAAAUUGUUGUUCAAGCUAUAUCUCCUCCUUGCGAGGAUUUUGCAGCAAUGGAGAGCAAAAGAACGCCAUAGGUCUAGAACAUUUGGUCCGUUGAAGGUUGUCUGA